AUGGCAAAAUGCGUAAUUUUCACCACUCUUUUGGCCAUACUCGUAACGACAUCUCAAGGAAGAAGUCAAAUAGGAGGGGGAGGUAAAGAAGCACAGGCAGACCGGAUUACGUCACUUCCCGGUCAGCCUAACGUCACGUUUGAGCAGUUCUCCGGCUAUGUCACCGUCGAUAAAUCCGCCGGAAGAUCACUAUUCUAUUGGCUCACUGAAGCUUCUCACCUCCCUCUCUCCAAACCUCUCGUAAUUUGGCUCAACGGAGGACCGGGAUGUUCGUCGGUAGCAUACGGCGCGUCGGAGGAGAUUGGACCAUUCAGGAUAAGCAAAGGUGGGUCCGGUUUGUAUCUCAACAAGUUCGCGUGGAACUCACUCGCCAAUCUCUUGUUUCUCGAAGCUCCCGCCGGCGUCGGCUUUUCCUACACUAACCGCUCCUCCGAUCUCUUCAAUACCGGCGAUAUCCGUACCGCGAAGGAUUCACUUCAGUUUCUUAUUCAAUGGCUUCGUCGGUUUCCAAGAUACAACCGCCGUGAGAUUUACAUCACCGGAGAGAGUUACGCCGGACAUUAUGUCCCUCAGCUUGCUAGAGAAAUCAUGAAUUACAACAAACGAUCUAAGAAUCCGAUCAACCUCAAAGGAAUCAUGGUUGGAAACGCGGUGACUGACAAUCACUAUGAUAACCUUGGAACGGUGUCGUAUUGGUGGAGCCACGCGAUGAUCUCCGAUAGGACGUAUCAUCAGCUGAUAAACACCUGCGAUUUUAGUCGCCAGAAGGAAUCUGAUGAGUGCGAAACGCUUUAUUCUUACGCCAUGGAGCAGGAGUUUGGCAACAUUGAUCAGUACAACAUCUACGCGCCGCCAUGUAACAAGUCAAGUGACGGUGGCGGUAAAUUCAGUGGUUCCUCCGAUCGCCGGAGUAUGCGUCUCCCUCAUCUUCCACACUCCGUGCUGAAGAAAAUAGCUGGGUAUGAUCCAUGUACCGAGAGAUAUGCAGAGAUCUAUUAUAACCGGCCUGAUGUUCAGAAAGCGCUUCAUGCCAACACCACCAAGAUUCCGUAUAAAUGGACAGCUUGCAGUGAGGUACUAAACCGGAACUGGAACGACACAGACUCAUCGGUUCUACCUAUAUACCGGGAAAUGAUUGCCGGUGGGAUUAGGGUUUGGGUUUUCAGUGGCGAUGUCGAUUCCGUUGUACCGGUGACGGCGACUAGGUACUCACUAGCCAGACUUAGUUUGAAUACCAAAGUCUCCUGGUAUCCUUGGUAUGUCAAGAAACAGGUCGGAGGGUGGACAGAAGUGUACGAGGGACUAACGUUCGUGACGGUGAGAGGAGCAGGCCACGAGGUGCCAAUGUUCAAGCCACGUGCUUCUUUUGAGCUAUUCAAGUAUUUCUUGAGAGGCAAGCCACUUCCAAAGGCUUAG